CCCCCCGCUCGGGGACUGGUGUCUCUCGCUGCUCGCUUCCUUGUGGCGGGUUUGUUUUGCAGACGGGCGCAGGAGGAAGAGGAGGAGGGAGGAGGAAGAGGGCUGGGGGAAGGGAAAAUCCCCGCUCCCCCCUAUCGGUGCCCGGCCUCGGCGGGGGCAGGUGCCCGCAGGUGGAUGCGGUGCCCGGCCCCUUCCCUCCUCUCCCCCCGCCCCAGCUCCUCCCCGGCCGCCGCUGCUGCUGCUCCCGGCCGGCGCCGCGUCCCGCUCCGGAUCCGCUCCGCUUCUGCUCCGCCGCGGUGGGGGCGGCCCCAGGGAAGAUAAACAGAGCAUUACUCAUACUAUGAAUACAGCAUCCUACAACAGUUUAAAAUGAGACUGAGAACAAGGAACAACAGUAUCUUCCUGUGAAGUGUUACUUGUCCGCUGAGUUUAGGCAGAACUGCAUUUCCCAGCUCUACAAUGAAGAACUGACUAAGAAGGGAUGCGACAUAAAAGAGAAGUCCUGCAGACUUAGUCACCAGUCUUGAUGGACUUACUGUUCAAGCUUUACUUCCAAACACUUGAGUUGUUUCAGUACUACUGACAAAGGAAAGAUGACCUCUACUGUAGGCCCACCGCCAUACUUUGAAAAUCAUGGCUUUCAGCCAGAAAACUAUUCUGCCAGGCCACCAGCAGGUGCUAACCCAUAUCCACCAUACUUCUCUACAAAUGCUCCAUCAGUGCCAACCUAUGUCCCAAGAGUUUCAACCUACCAGUCGACUAGUCCAGUAGCCCCUUCAACUGGGAGGACUUGUUCAUCAGGUGUAAAGAAAACCAUAAUAAUUGUAAUAUCCAUUUUAAUAGUCAUUUGUUGCGCAGUUGGUGCUUUCUUCAUUUGGUAUUUUGUAGAGAAUCCUUGCCUCGGAUCGUUAGAGUGUGGGUCUUCAGGAGUGUGCGUGCCUCCCUCAGAUUGGUGUGAUGGAGUGACCAACUGCCCAAAUGGGGAGGAUGAAAACCGUUGUGUUAGACUUUUUGGACCAAACUUUAUCCUUGAAGUUUACUCACCUGUCAGCAACACCUGGUAUCCUGUUUGCCAAGAUAACUGGACUGAUGAUUUUGGAAAGAUUGCGUGUAAAGAUAUAGGCUAUAAUGUAGAUACAUAUUACAGUAGUUCAGGAGUAGCAGCUGAAGUCAGCUUUAAAAGCUUUAUGAAGCUGAACACAAGUGCUGGGAGUACAGACUUGUAUAAAAGGCUAUAUACCAGCAAUGUCUGUACAUCAGGAAAGGUGGUUUCUCUACGCUGCAUACAGUGCGGCCUGUCCACCAAAAGCACAGCCAUCAUGAACAGGAUCGUGGGUGGCAGCGCAGCAGCGCUGGGGCAGUGGCCGUGGCAGCUCAGCCUCCACGUGCAGGGCACGCACGUCUGUGGGGGCUCCAUCAUCACCCGCGAGUGGCUGGUGACCGCGGCUCACUGCGUGGAGGGACAACUUUCUGACCCAUAUGUUUGGAGAGUUUAUGCUGGGAUUGUGAGCCAGAGUGACAUUACUUUAAGAGCUGCAUAUAAAGUGCAACAAAUAAUUUCCCAUCCAGAUUAUGAUACAGACACUAAAGACAAUGAUGUUGCCCUUAUGAAGUUAGAGACACCGUUGAGUUUUACUGAUAAUGUACAGCCAGUUUGUCUGCCUAAUGCAGGAAUGACAUUCCAGCCCAAUCAGCAGUGCUGGAUAUCUGGAUGGGGAGCAGAGUCCCAAGGAGGUAAAACAUCAACUAACUUGAAUUAUGUCAUGGUACCUUUAAUAGAACGUUCUAAAUGUAAUUCUAUCUAUAUCUAUAAUGGUCUGAUUUUGCCUACAAUGAUCUGUGCUGGAUAUCUAGAAGGAGGAAUUGAUUCCUGUCAGGGUGACAGCGGAGGUCCUCUGGUAACAAACGAAAGCUCCGUGUGGUGGUUGGUUGGAGAUACCAGCUGGGGAAGUGGCUGUGCUACUCCCAAUAGACCUGGAGUUUAUGGGAAUAUGACUGUGUUUACAGACUGGAUUUAUAAAAAUAUGCAGGCAAACAGAUGACAAUGCUGUCUGUCCUUGUUGAUGAUCGAUGUUUCUGAGAACAAGAAAAAAUGAAGCCAUGGGAUAUUUAUUCACUUUUACAAAUGAUUUUUCUCCUUGAAUUUUCUUUUUAAAAAUAACAUGAAGGAUUGCACACUCGGUUCUGUACUGGCUACAGUGACUGAUUUUAAUCAGUGAAGGAUUAUCACAAUGAGCACCUUUCUUCUUGAUGUGGUGCCUGGCAGAAAGUUGUUCUGCCAACUGCUUUCUGAGAUGUCUUUUUUUAGUUGAGUACUUUCACUUGAUAAUCAGGUACAGGUUUAUAAUGGCAAUUUUAAUCACAAUUUAACGUAAGAUUUUUGUAGCUGGAUACCGAGAAGGUUUAGUAGCAUUUUAAAUUGAAUGUUAAGUAAUGUGAACAUUGAAUCUCUGAGCUGCUGGUUGGCAAUUUUAGAAGUGAAUGUUUUGUGGUAUAUAUGAAGGGAAGUUUUCAUGCACUACGGUAGAGACACAGGAAAAAAAAUACUGUAUAUUCAGGUAGUUAAAAAUCCUCAGGACCUUGACUGCCGUUAUUCAAGUCAGACUGUUCUGAGAGAGCAGUCUGGCUAUCUCAGUAAUUAAAAGUGCUCUUCUGCUUAAACUGCUCUGAAUCUGGAAGGGGCAGGACCUGCUGUCACUCGAUGUGGACCAAGGAGAGGGAUGCUUUUGGAGCUGCAGUGGGAAGCCAGGAGUUAACCAUCCUGACAGGGGUCCCUGGCUGAGCACAUCAUGAUGACUCCUGAACUCUCCCUGUUGUGAAAGCUGACAGUCUGGUCUGUCCUGUCCUGUCCGUGAGUCUGUGCUGCAGGCAGCGGACCUCUGGCUGCAGUGCAUGUCCAGAGGCUGGAUGUUCUGUGAGAAGAAAUACAACCCCAUGUUUCUGCCUAACCAGAUGAACUACCUCAUUUAUUAAAUUUGGCUUUUAAUUCAUUAGAGCUCUCCUUUGGGUACCUGUAUGAUGCUUUUAGCAAAAGGCAGUUAAUAUCACAGUGCCACCUCGACUAGGAUUUUGAAAAUAAUUUAUAGCCAGUACACAGGAUCAAAAAGCCAUAACAAGACACAUUUGUUAAGAAAGAUAAUUUUUUUUUUUUUUUUAAUGAAAUGACUCUACUAGUCUUGUUUUCUCUUUUGGUACUGAAAUGCAAUUAUCUUGCAUGAAAACACUGCACCAAAUAAAUAUAUUUUUUUCUACAAA